AAUCUCCAGCAAAAAAUUGCAGAGAGGGAAAAGUAGUAGAUUAGAAAAAAUGGCGAAUCCAAGGAGAAUUUCAUAUUCCAAUUCCAGUCAACUCCCAAUUUCUGAACCCAUUAACCAAUUCCAAUCCCAAACCCCACAAACUGCAGCAAACCUUUUAAAUUCAUUGAAAUUCUUCCUCAAAAAGCCUCACGCAGUUCCAUUUCUACUAUCUUUUUUACUUUUUCUUACAUGGGUUUCCCUCAGAUUCCAACGCUAUUCUUCCAACCCUUCAUUUCACCAAUCGGCGUAUGAUAGCAAUGGGGUGGCUUUACAUGGCGGUUAUGAUAAAUAUUCUGACGCUAAUAUAGUGAAAUUUCCUUCGUUUUCUCCAAUUGUAAUGAAGGAUAAACGCGGAUGGUUGAUCAAUCCAGUUUCACUUGCCUUGGAUGCUGCCAUUACAGGAAUUGUUCAGAUGAAUAACUUGGAAACUCUCUUCGUGGGGAUAUAUGGAGAAAGAAAAAGAAACAGUGCAUGCUUAUACAUUUUAUGUAAUGAUAAGGUGAUAUGUAGUCUGUGAACUUUUGAAACCUUAGAACAAUUAUAUUUACAUGCUAUAGAAAUUAAAAUAUAUUAUUAGGCCAUAGAUUCGAGAGUAUGGUGUACUUAAAAUCUGAAAAUCAUCUGUCUUAUGAAUCUAAUAUAGCCCCUCCACUCCUAGCAUACAACAUAAGAACCUGUCACAGGAAUCAUGGAAUAUACUAGUGCAUCGUAU